AUGGUAAAAGACGAGAAAUUACUUCCAAGAGAACAAAGAGAAAGUAUACAAAAUCUUCGUAAUAAAAUUAAAGCACAAUUUCAAGGAGAAUUAGAAAUACUUCAUGCACAAAAAUUCCUUGUUAAAUUAUAUGAUUUACAACAAAAAGAAAUAUCAGAAGAAAAGAAAAAAGCUAAAGGAAAAAAAAGAAAUAAAAUUAAACCACGUAAAAGACCUGCCCGUGUUAUUUCAGAAACAUCACCAGAAAAUACAGAAAUUGCUAUUCGUGUACAUGACUUACGUAUUUUAGAUAAAGAUUAUGAUCCUUUACCUGUAUUCCUUGUUAGAAGUACAUAUGGAAGUGAAACUGCUAUGGUAUAUAAAAGAUUUGAUCAAUUUGAAGAACUUCAUUCUGAAUUAAAGCCAAAAAAUCUUGCUGCACAAUUACCUACUAAAGCUGAUGCAUUUAAAGAAGAUACAAGUGAUUUAUUAACUCAACUUACAAAAUAUAUGUUAGUUAUAUUAAAAGAAAAAAGAAUUGCUCAUUCUAAAACGUUAAGAACAUUCUUAGGUCAUGCUACAGAAAAAGAUGCAUAUUCAGAUGUGUUUGAUUGGGCAAUGAAACGAAUUAGUGCAUUUACUCAUAAUAUCGUUUAUCAUGAUCCUGUUGAAGGGUUAACUAAAUAUAUUGUAGUUGAAGUGUGUUAUGAAGAUGAUUCAGUAAAACGACCUGAUGCAAAAAAUAAACAAGAAUUCCUUGAAUUUUUAAGAAUUGUAAUGAAAGCAACAGCAGAAGAUAUUAGUGAAUUUUGGUUCCAAAUACAAAAAGAUUUUGAAGCAGUUGAAUUAUCAUUAAAUAACUUCUCUGAUAUGAAAAUGUUAUUAGAUGAAUAUUGGGGAUAUAUUCACACAGUUCAAAAUGCUGCUAAAGAUAGUAUAAGUGAAUAUCUUAAAGAAUUUCAUGUUACAACUAAUGUUGUAUUAAAGGAAAUGUUACCUUGUUUUAAAUAUUUAUAUGGUCAUUUUGAAGGAUUAUUAGAGGUAUGUCAUUCAUUACAACAAGAACUUGUUGAUCCAAAUUGUGCAGUUAUUUCUGAUGAUGUUGAAACAGAAUUAUAUGAUAUGAAAAGAAUUAUUAAAGAUUGUCCACCAUCUUUGUAUGAACAAAUGGGUGAAAUUGCUGGUCAUAUUUCACCACCAUUUACGAAGUUAAGAUUAUUUUUUACUUGUUUUGAUCAUAUUAUUGAAGGAAUGACUGGCUUUUUCCAAGUAAGAAAUAUUGUUACAGUAUUAAAUGAAAUGAUGGCACGAAAAGUUGGAAUGGUAAAAGAUGAAGAUAUUAGUAAGAAAAGAAUAGAUACAAUGGAAGAUGAAUUAUAUAUUUUCCUAUGGAGAUUUGAAAGAGAUGGUAAAUUUGAUGUAUGGAGAUGUUUUUAUGAAAUUGAUAAAAAGAUUACAGCAGAAUAUCAAGCAUUAUCUCCUGAUGAAAAGAUUCAAUUAAAAGAUUAUUUUUAUACAUUAACUAAUAUGAUUGUUUCAAUAUCUGAUCAUUGUUUAUUAAUGACUGAUAUUCUUCAUAGAGGAUUAAAAAAGUUUUGGUGGAAAGCUAUGGACUAUUUAUCAUUUAAAACAUUAAAUAAAAGAAAAAAAGAAAUAAACAUUCCUGAAGUUAUUAAAGAAUCAUUUGAAUUUGGAGUACAAAAAAUGGUAAAACAUUUAAGAAAAAAUUUAAUGAGUUGUAUGGCUGAUUGUAUUGCAGAAAUUUUUGCUAAAGCUGUUAGAGAAGAAAUUAUGGACCAAUGUCAAGCAAGACAAACACAUGUUGAAAUUUCUGAACAAUAUAUUAAAAUUAUGCCAUUUGAAGUUAUUGUAUUAAAUGCAUAUUUACAUAUGUUAAAAGAUGAAAUAUAUAAUUGUGUUUUUAAGUGGAUUCAUUUCUUUGUAAUGAAAGACGUAAAGGUAGUAAGAAGAAAAGAAAAAGAAGAUGUUGUUGUUGUUGAAGAAGAAGUUGCUAUUAAAAAGAAAAAAAUAGAAGAACCAAAGAAAGAAGGAUCUAAAGAAGAAACGAAUCAAGCAAAUAAUAAAGAAAAAUCAAGAAUUAGUUUAGAACCAAAUAUUUCAGAUGUUGAUAUGAUUAUUAAAGAUGACAAAGAAGAGAAAAAUGAAAAUAACUUAGAAGGAGAAAAAGAGUCAGCAAAGAAAGAAGGUAAUACGGAAGAAGAAGAAGAAAAGAAAUCAAUUAAAAGUAAAACAUCAAAAACUGAAGUUAUUAAUGAUGAAGAUUUAACAUUUGAAUGUGAGUUAAGUAAUGAAGAAAAUACAAAUGAAGAACAGGAAGAAGAAGAAGAAGAGGAUGAUAGCGAAGAAGAAGAGGACGAAAGUGAUGUUGUUGAAGAGAAAAAAGAAAAGAAACCUGAAACUGAAGAAAAGAAACCUAUUCAAAGUAAAGAAGCAUAUGGAUUUUCUGAUGUAUCUUCUAAGUUAAAUUUCUCAGAUGUUAUUAAUGAAUUAAACUUAGACUUAACAGAAACCACUGAAUAUUCAUCAAGCUCUGAUGAUUUAGAAUUGUUGUAA